CUAAUUUUUACACAAAGCUACUCCUACGAACAUAUAAGAAAAGUAUGCAUUGGUGCAGUUCUUGCCAUAAUCUAUACAUAUGGACUAUUAUAUUAUUAUAAAAAUCGCAUGAAACAUGCCAAAAGGGAUCCUCCACGAUUAUAUAUAUACAUUCACAUAUUUGCUAACCUCCACUGUCCAAACAGUCGAUCAGCCAUUUCUUUGAAGUUCAAAAAGCCAAAAAAAAAAAAAAAAAAGCCUUCAACUGAGCGAUCAAAUUCAAAAACACAAAAAAUGGCUUCUUCUUCCCUUUCCACCUCUCAAACUUACUCCAUCUUAAACUUGAAGAAUCGGACCCGGGUUUACACAUCUCUCCCUAACUCGUCCUUCAAACCAUUCCAAUCGACCAUUAAAGCUGCUAAUCUUCCCAAUGACACUUUCAAAAACCCUUCAGCUCUUUUCAACAAGAAGCAGGCUUCGAUUUUACCGUGGGCCGAAAACUCGAAAGCUCUCGCGAAAGCUCCGCAAUUCUCAGCAACGACGAAGGCGGCUGGCGCUGCUGGUGAGGAAAACGUGGAGGAAGAUGAGAUGAUUGUGUCUUGGAUUGAUUUGUUACCCGAGAAAAUUCAGCCCUACGCCUACUUAGUCCGGUUGGACCGCCCGAUCGGUACGUUUCUGUUCGGGUGGCCGUGUAUGUGGUCGUUGGCACUCGCGGCCGAACCAGGGAUGUUUCCAGAUUGGAAAAUGUUGGCCUUCUUUUUCUUUAUUUCUUUCUGGUCCAGAAACAUUGCCUGCACCAUCAAUGAUUAUUUUGACAAGGACUUUGAUUCCAAGGUUGAGAGAACAAAACGAAGGCCCAUUGCGUCAGGGGCCAUUUCAGGGCUUCAAGCACUCAUAUUCCUUGCUGCUCAAUUAGUAUUGGGUUAUGCCUUUAUGCUGCCUGUUAACGAAUUAAGUCGGCUGUUAUGGGUUUCUUCAUUGCCAUUGAUCUUUACCUACCCGCUCAUGAAGAGAAUCACAUAUUGGCCUCAAGCUCAUCUUGGUCUUACUGCAAACUGGGGAGCUUUGUAUUCUUGGGCUGCUAUUAAAGGAACCCUUCAUCCUGGCAUUGUUUUCCCACUCCUAAUUGGUUGCUUCUUCUGGACCCUUGAAGUGGAUACAAUUUAUGCCCAUCAGGAUAAAACAGAUGAUGUGAAAGUAGGAGUCAAAUCUACAGCAUUGUUGCUUGGAGAUACAACAAAGCUAUGGACUAGCGUUUUUGGAAUCGCAUCAGUUGCUAGUUUCGCACUAAGUGGAUUCAAUGCAAAUAUUGGGUGGCCGUUUUAUGCACUUAUGGUACCUGCUGCAGCUCAAAUAGCUUGGCAGAUUUGGGCAGUUGACCUUGAAAAUCCUGCAGAUUGUGGCAGAAAAUUUCGAUCCAACAAAUAUUUCGGAGCUAUUGUCUUCUUCGCCAUUUUACUUGGAAGGUUAUUUUCGUAGAGAUGAGAAUUUGCCGACAAACAACAGAGAAGUUCAAUACAUACAACGGCUACAUGAUUGGAAAUAGUUAAUUCAGCAUUACAUAUUUACCAUCCGUAGUAUUGAACACCUCUUGUGGAUUCCAUUGUUUAGAGUAGUGCGUUCGAUUUUUCAUAGGUGUAAUAAGCCAUUUUAUGAGCUCAUUUCAGACGACGGUGCCACUGUCUUUGGAAAAUACUAUGAAACUUCAAUAAUUAUAAAUAUAAUUUUUUAAAAUAAAUAAAUUGGUUUCGAGUAUUUCAUCUAGUAUUUCCAAUUUUCUUCCAGAUUAAUCCGAAC